AUGAUAGAAUUAGGAGAAAAAAAAUAUAUUAAAGCUAGUUAAAGAAAAAAACAUCAUUAGGUGUUAGAAUCUGAUGAUUUCUAUAAAACUAUCCUCUAAGAGUAAGAUGAAAACUCAUCUUUUAUGAAUUGCAAAAGAGGACCCCAAGAAUCCAUCGAUGAAGAAUAUCUUUCUAGAUAAAUCAAAGCACCAUUUAUAAAGUGCUUACCUGAUUUUCAAGAAAAAUAACAUCAAAAUUAUUCAAAUUAGGAGUUGUCGGAUUAAGAAAUUUGUAAAUUGAAAAGUUAUUGGUCUAAUGAAUUUAAAUUGAAUAAUUAAUAAGUGGAAUUGUUAAAUGAAAAUUAUCUUUUAAAUCCUGAGAACGAAUAGGAAUAUUAAAUUAUCGAAGUUAAUUCAUUAGACCCAUUAACAACAUUUUCUUCAAAUCAUACUGGUUUGACUAUUAAUGAAAUAUACAAAUAAAAUAAAAAAAAUUCAUCUUAAAUAAUUCACAAAGGUAUUUUAAGGAAAACUAUUUAAAAAUGA